UUCUAGGGUCCUGUUUGGGCAAGCUAUUUCACGGGAACACUGACCUGUAAAGAAGAGGAGACAGGUCAUCAGGAUGGCUGCUACCUCCCAGUUUGCCAGUAGAUACAAAAAGGAUUUGAGUACAGAAGCCCUCAGAACCAAAGUUGCACGCAGGAAAUCCAUCCUUCAGAAGGAGAACAGGCACAAGCUCUUUGAAAAGGGCCGGCAGUUCGGGCUGGCAGAUGUCAAUGUUCAACUCUCCAAGGAGAGGGGAAUUUCUGAGCUCAAGGAAACCAGGGAAUUGUGCUCUCAAGAGAAUAGCAAUGURAAGCAGAAACAAGCCACAAAUGCAGCCACCAAGAGGAUGAACGAGCGCAAGGAGAUGCUCCAGCGCUACAAAGAGGAAAAGGAGCUUCGCAAACUGCUGGAGCAGAGAGAGAAAGCCAAGAAAGGGGUGUUCAAAGUUGGRCUGUACAGACCAGCUGCACCUGGAUUUCUUGCACCUGAGGAACCAGCAGYAGCAAAACCAAGAGAGAAGGCAGCUCCUGCUUUCUCUGGAAGGAUUACUCGAUCAAAAGCCAAGAUCCAAGAAGGAAAAACUUUGAUACCAAUUCUGAUACCAACUGCAUCUAAGUCCUCUACGGUCAGUGCCCACGGGCACAGCACACGCCCUACACAGGCAGGACACAAACAGAUGAGUACAGUCAAAGUGGCUGAAAAAGAGAAAGUGUUGCAGGCUGCUGCCCAACCAGCCCCAAAUGUGAGAGUCACCAGAGCAGCUGCCUCUGCAGCCAGGCAGGUGCUGAAACCAACAGCUGCUACUGCUGGUAACCAGUCACAGAGAAAGACAGCAAACGUAGGAAAGCAGAAGAAAGCUGUCAAACCUGAUACYACAAAGGUAGUUCCUUCSAAACAUGAAGUGGAGACAAGUGCUGGAGCGGAUCCAGGGGUCAAAAGUUCUGCAGCUGAUUCCAAACACUCAAUGCCAGUAGAACUUCAGCAAGAACAAAGCUCAGUGGAAAACAACAAUCCUUCACCAAGGAGACCCAGAACACGCUCCUUUGCACCUCAAAACUUUGUGUUUCAGCCUCUGAGUGGAUURGCAACCUACAAAGUUACACCCAUGUCUCCUUCAAGAGCAAAUAUUUUUUUGACACCCAGUGCUGUCUGGAAUUUUUCAAAAUCUCCAGUCAAAAUAYUUGAAAAAGGCAGUGAAAAAAAAGCACAAAAGCCUAAUUUAAAAAGUCAAACUUCACUCGCUGUUAAARGCAUUCAAGAACAGCAAAUGACCACAAGUUUGAAAGCAGAAGAAGAUGAAUCAGAUGAGAGAACUUCCAUGCARAGAUCAAAUGAAGUAGCUCCUGUCUCAACAGCAGUUGAAGUGAAGUCAGAUGACACAAGAGAGCAAGAGCAUGAUGUGCCCUAUUUCAGAAACAUUCUUCGGACUGAGACAGAGAGGCUGCUGUCUCAGUGCCUCCAGUGGGAAGGAAACCUUGAGCUGGACAUUCCAGAGGAUGCUAAAGAUCUGAUUCGCACCACAAUUGGUCAGACAAGGCUGCUCAUAGGGGAAAGGUUCAAACAGUUUGAAGGCCUGGUUGAUAAUUGUGAGUUUAAACGAGGUGAAAAAGAAACAACGUGUACAGACCUGGAUGGAUUUUGGGAUAUGGUUAAUUUUCAGAUUGAAGAUGUGAAUAAAAAAUUUGAUAAUCUGAAGAAGCUCCAAGACAAUGAGUGGCAGCCACUUGAUGUCCCAAGCCAAGCAGUUGUCAAGAAAAAGGCUGUUUCAAGUGCAGUGCCCAAACCCAAGGUGGAAGCAGCUGCCAGAACUGCUGCCCGGAACCGCCUGGCUUCUGUGAAAGCAGCCAUGAGGGAUAAAAUGAAGCAGGGAGGAGCUGCUGAGGGUACACAUCAAGAGAGUCUGCCAGAGGCAGAAAAAGUGGUUUUUGAAGCGGGAUUUUUCAGGAUUGAAAGCCCUGUGAAAAACUUUUCAGGUUCACUUCCAAGGACACCUUACAGACCUUCCCAGCGGACUCCUGGAAAACUGGCAGCUCCAAGAUCAUCCAGCAGAGCUUUGCUCCUGAAUGUCCCUUCUGCUCUCUGUGCCCCUGAGGAUGCAACUGCAGAACAAACCCCAUCAGGCCUCAAAGGCUUCCACCCAGCACAGAGUUUGAAAAUGGACCAAAUUCCCACUGAAAAAACUCCCCCAUUGGAUAAACUCCCUGAUGGUGUUCUUGAACAAAGCAUUUCUGUGGUUGCAGAAGAAAUUUGUCUUGAUGCUGUCACAGCAGAGGGAAAUAAGGUGCUGGGAAAUUGUAGCAGUGAAUCAAAAGCAAUGGAUGGCAYGGAAGAGAUGGAGCUGUCUGCUGCWGACCAAGGACARGACAUCAUCAUGUGCAGCCCCGAGAAGGAUCCCAGCACAGACACAAACUUUGCUCAGUCURGAGAGCCACAGAUACAUCAGACAGAUGUUUCAUGCYGUGAUUUGACACCCAUUGACAGAAAUCCUUUUGAUAUGCCAAUGCUGGAUGCUGAGCUUCCCUUCACUCCACUCAAGACCAAAGCCCAGAAGUUUGCAGCAGCUGAAGUAUUCAGUGACCUCAUCAUGUUUUCUCCAGUUGGUCCCUCUGGGGACAAAUGAAAAGUGACUUAMAAUGCAAAAUAUGUAAAUUGUAUGAACAAGAAGCCCACAGAGGGUAUCUGGAACACAGUCUGCUACCCUGGAACUGUGUUGAGAGAGGAAGACUACGUGUGGUAGUGGCUCUGAUAAUGGGUUUUGUAUCAUUUUAUGGUGCAGUUGUGGUGCACCAAGCUUUGCUGUAUAUCUGUAGUAGGCUGUGUUCUGGUGAUCCCUGCUGUAUCCUCUGACUGUAAAUUCUGACUGCAAUAUUUUUAUGUUGGUGUCAUUUCAUGUCUUUCCUGUCUCCUUCCAGUUGUAAAACUGUUCACUUUUAAACUUUCCUUCCCUGACCUGACUGACCUCAUGACUUAUCUUUACUACAAGUGCCUACCCCAGGAGUUGUGCCUGUGCCCUGUUUGUGCUGGGAGGGCAUCUCCUGGGGUGAGACCCAGCCUGUUUUCUGUCUAGAACACUGCUGUGCUCUGUCCCUGCUCUGGGGGUGCCUCUGCACCCUUGGGCUGCAGUGUUGGGUGUGUUAGCACCAGCUAUGGCAGUGUUGCAUGCAUGCAGUUCUUUCCUGGGGAAAUCUUCCUGGUGUUUAACAACCAUUGGCUUUGUAAUAUUAGAAACUAACUCAGAACAAGGAUUUCUAAGUCAGAUAACAGUUUUCUUGGCAAUGUAUUAAAAUAGGCAUUUACUAUUUCCCUUAAGGAUGCAGUUUUCUAUUGAGUAUCUUAAGGAGCUUUAAGUCAAGCCAUAUUUCCUCCUUGUUUUUGACACGUUUAAGCUCAGCCUCUUCUCUCAUCUUGUUCUUUGUGCAUCCCCCUCCAGACUGUAACAUAUUUGUGCAUAAGGAGCAUGCCAGUUCUAUAGAGGAGUAGUAUUGUAGUACCACCAGUUGUAUUUUUAACAGAUACCUCACUGGGCUUCUUCCUGUACUAGUGACCUUAGUGUAUCACACACAUCCUUCCACCAGCCUUGAUCCUAAACCAAGCAGAGAAUUUAAUCCCUCUGUAGAAAUUGUUGCUGCCACUCCCAGUGGGGCUCAUCUGCCUUCAGUUUUAACCUGGAAGCUGUGUACUGAUUACACUGAAAUAAAGAGAGGAAGCUGAUGUGUGCUGGAAUCCACUUUCUUCAUUACUAAACUCCAGUUCAGGGAUCCUUUCAGAUACCUCUUAAUGACU